AUGGCCUAUUUGGUUCCCAAGUCCGCGGGUGAUGAUUGCGUGAUUCAGAGGGACCAUUGCAGAGAGCUUCUUGUCUUUUGGUGCUUUGGAGUUUACAAGAUCACAGCUAUGCUUGCUAAGUAUUCCAUGGGGAAGUGUUUAUGUCUUUUGGUGUCGUCAAUCGUUAUUUCAUUUCUGGUGGUUGGUUACCAAGCAACGGGCGAUUUCUCUGAAGAGUGUCCGCCAUUGCAAGUCUCUUAUGAGUGGAUUGUAUCAGCAACAAGUAACAGCAUCCAUAUCGUUGGUUCCAUAUCAAGCUUUAUCCCAUCAUCUGGUUCUUCUCGUUAUCGGCAAUUCGGUGGGCAUCCUGAAAUGAAUGACUAUUAUCGAUUGAUUGAUCACAUCAGCAACAAAGAACAACUUGUAUAUCUUUGGUAUCAGCAACCUUUCUAUCUCUUGGUGGUUCUGGUUAUCGGCAAUUGCUUUGGUGGAUUCCUACAACUAUACGUGCCUUAUGGAUGGAUCAUGUCAUCAACAAGAAGUGAAGGCCCGCGUUCAAAUCUUAUGUGUUACCAAGGUCAUUCAUGCAUCUCGUCAAGGACUCCAUCGCCAAGCUGCAUUCCAUACCCAAUGAAAAAGGAUUGGUAUCUCAUUCAUAUCGGCUAUAUCACUGAGUGUACUCCCUUCCGCAGCUAG